CUUGUUACGUCGUUUGUUACCACCAUAUCGCUCUUUGCCCAACAAGGCUCUUCGACUGUCCCAAAUCACAUGGGUGGCAGAAUCAUCUUCCUAAACAUUCUCGUCCUCUCCAUUCUCCUGUACAACUACUACACUUCCGCCUUGGUAUCUUCUCUGCUCAACGCAAAGCCCGACGUCCUUGAAACCGUCAAGGAACUCUACGAGAGCACCCUUAAGGUGGGUACCGAGUACCAACCCUACACCAACACCUUUAUAGUCCAAGCAAGGGGUAACGAGUGGGUGCAGAAGCUCAACAGCUCGAAGAUCUUCACGUCUGGCCGUGCGAACUACUAUUCUCCCGAAGAAGGCCUGGCUAAAGUGAAGAAAGGCGGGUUCGCCUACCACACGGAGGUCACUACGGCUUACCCCAUCGUAUCCAGGACCUUCGAGGCGGAUCCCAUUUGCGAUUUAGCCCAGAUCGAGUUCAUCGAUCCGGCUUCGGUGGGGUUUAUGGUGCCGAAAAGGUCCCAGUACAGGCAGCUGUUUCUGGUCAGCUUGGUGAAAAUGCAGCAAAGUGGCAUAUUCAAAAGGGAGCGUGACGUAUGGGUAGCAUCGAAACCGGAAUGCCUUUUGAGUUCGAGGGUACUCUCAGUAGGCGUCAAUGAACUUUUCAUGGUCUACAUGAUACUGGUCGGCGGUAUGUUCUCAGCUGCCAUUAUAUUUUGCAUCGAGAUAAUUUGGCAAAAGAAUCAAGGAAAGACCAAAUGAGAACAGAAUUAGAUGUAUUCGA